UACCGCCAGAAGUGUCGCAUUCAUAAUUCCGCCAUCACCAUGGGGACGACCCGAUGCGAGGGACUCGUGCGCAUUCGGGAGCGCGUUGCGUUCAGUUCGCCCUCUAGUGUCUACAAUCCAGACGAAAGUUUAGACGCAGCGUUGCCGUCCUCUAGUGGUCACUUACGGUCUGCUGGCCGCUUGAGUGACGACGUGUGGUAUUUUUGCGUCUCCAAGGCACCUGUUGCGUCUCUGGAGUGGUUCACAGUGGACGCCAGUACCGAGAGCAGUGAGGAAGAGGACGCAUCGCCUUCUACGAGCUCCGGUGGUGCCGUAUUACUGGCCAGCACAAGAGUCUCGAGCGUCGAGGCAGUGGACGGAGAAAACGUGAAAUUACCCGAGAGUGACGGUGACCGUACAGGAGUGUUUAUCAAUUUGGCAAUGGACGAUGAAGAGCGGAAACGACUUGAGAGUGUCUCGUUCUACGUCGAAGACGAGAGCUCUGGAGUCGCUUUGCUGCUUGAGACUGAGUCGCAGGAACAGCGAGACGAAUGGGUAACUUUUCUAGGGAAAUUGCUGCCCAAGGAGGCAGAGGAGACCUUGAAUGAACAGGAAAGUGACGAGGAACAGGAGGCUGGAGAGGACGUUGUGGAAGAACUCGAGUCUCGGCACCUGGCAGCGUCAAGGUCGUCGAUUUCCAUGCGGUCGUUGCUGCACCAAGGCAAAUCGGAGAAUUUAAUGGAAGACGGAGACCCGUUUGGCCUGCUAUCACUUACAACGUCGGCGUUGAGCUCAAUGACGCCGAUGGAUGAACAGGACUCAGUUAUUAAGACGAAUACUGCUGCGCCCGGGAUGUUCGCGAUGGAUCACUUCGAGUUGGCGGAGGGGAAUUCCCACGAAGCUGAGAUUGAAGACGUGAGCGAUAGCGACACUAGCGUCGCCAACACAGAUGGUGACUACGCGGCGGAUACCGCAGUUAAUCCUUCUUUAUUACUAUCGUCGGGCAGAGGACAGCAGAUAGCUACUCGUGAGAGAUCAAACAGCAACGUCACGGAUCCUCUCAGCUCUAGUGCGGCCAAAGAAUCCACUGCAAGUACUCGGAGUCGACGGCAUAGUUUGGGUUCAGUGUUCGGUUCAUCUCCACAGCCAACAAACGGCUGUCUGCGGUGUAACAGGAGAUUCGGUAGACUUAUCCAUACUCCCAAGGUCUGUGCGUCCUGUUCGCAUCGGUUUUGUCGCGAUCACUGCAACCAGUGGACAGCUUUGACAACUCCUGAGUCGAUCACGCUGCCAACACGAGACAUGGUGGGGUCCCAAGUCGGUGCUAGAGCUGUUCCAACACCUGAACUGAAGCGAGUUUGCAUGGAUUGCCUGGUAAGGCAGCAGUUGUUAACAUCUUUGCAAGAAGCUGGUGUGUAUUAUGCUUCUGCAGUUGACGAAGCGGGUGGAUUAUCACGACUUGUCCGCUGGAAAUACUUUGAUCAGGGUCCAAAGCAUGAGAUUGCAAGCCACAUACGCGCUCGAAGCCUUGGGCCUCUGAGUCUCCUCUCAGCAAUGUUCAAGUAUCGUCAACAACCGUUCAUGUUCGUGAUGGUGCUCGCGCAACUCGUACACAACGUGGAGAACUGUAUGGAGACGAUGGAGUUUUACUGGCCACAGUUCUUGCAGUGGGGUUUCGUGAACCUUCCCGAUGCAUCACCCAGUGUCAGAGCCUUCUACCUCUUCUUCCUGGCUGCCACUGCACGUCGUAGUGUCCAUCUUGCAGUCAAGGCGACGUGGGAAUGCAUUGCUGCUCACUGGGACGCAAUGGCUGGAGGACUGUACAAGCGCGGCAAUGGCAUUGUAGUCAUGUUAUUCUUUGUUACAAACGUCAAUUUUGGAGAACCUCGCAGUGUCCUACCGCAGCUGCUGUUCCCACAAGCGCCACUACAUCAACGCGAAACAUUGGAGAAGCUGCUUGAACAAUUGUACGAAUUUGUUCGUAGGACUUAUGCCGCCUCGCAGCGUGAAUCUCCGUUCUUUGAAUGGCUUUUAGCUCGCAGCAAGGAGGAGACCGUGGCCAGUUCUCGAAAUGUUCAAAGGCAGCUCCGUGUCGGCGACGGAUUUCUGGAUCCAUUCCCACCGGAUUACCACGAAGCAGCGCAGCUCAUGAUACUGGAACGUCGGAGAUCAGGUACUCAGCAUCUCGUGGAAGCGAAACAGCGUAUGUGGAACAAACCUGCUCAGCACAUAUUCAGUGACGAAGUUCGGCUCGUGCGGUUCCUCGUGGACCUGUGUACAUAUUUGAAAGAGAACAUCUCCGAGCCUUCUCUGCGGAAGAAACAGCUCCCGGCUUUGUUACAGGAGAUGCUGCGUGGGAAGCACAUUCGACCUGAGGCUGCAUUGCCGCUAUCUGGAGCCAUGGCGCACCCUCAUCGUGUGGUCAACGUACUCACCAACGAAGGAACGGUGUUUUCCACCAAGGCUCGAGCACCGACACUGGUUUUCUUCGAGAUUAUCGCUUCUUCAUUAGGAUGUGAUGGUGAGUCUCGAGAGCUUGAUACCCAGCCUAAUCACGACAGCGAAGUCGAUGCGUUGGUGGAUGCUGCAGUGAAAAUGGAGCAAGAAAAGGAUGAUCUAUUGGCACCAGAGCAACAGGAAAUCCUCAACUACCUCGAUGGAGAAACCGUUGGCACCUACGUGGCAGACUUAAUCCCGGUCAGCCGAAGUGAUUCUCAAGCCUCAUUGCGGUCUUCAAUCUCGGAGGACCUAGACAGACUCAGUAACGUAUUACCCGCUGGCUGCACACCACUAAGUGACAAGGCAGGUUUCUCCGACGAAAGUGAUGGGUUCGAGGCGGAAGAAGAAAGCGGUGAAGUGGGCACAGAUACGAGUGAUAGCGUGGAGUCUGCAAACUCAACACAAGUCGCACAGUGUCCGUUCUUCGGGGAACGCUUUGCUGAUACACAGAAGCGUAUCCGCGAGGAAAGCUCCUUCUCCCGCUUCGACGGAUGGGCGUUAGCUCCGGUGAUUGCGAAAAGUUUUGACGAUAUGCGCCAAGAAGUUUUCGUGCUGCAAGGAUUGAAGCUGUUCCAGCUCAUUUUCCGGAAGCAUGGACUUAAUCUAUGGAUGCGUUACUAUAGUAUUGUGUGCGCAGGUAAAGAUUGUGGCUUAUUGGAGGUGAUCACGGAUGCCCAGUCACUCGAUGGUCUCAAGAAGAAGGGCAAGAAAAUCACUGACGUUGGCACGUCACUGCCUCUUAUCUUCAAUCGGGCUUGUGGACGAGACCCGAUCACAGGUGAACACGACCCGGUCCGCUUGGAGAGAGCUCGCGCAAAUUUCAUCUCGAGUAUGGCCGCCUACAGCCUCUUUUCCUACAUUUUCCUGGUGAAAGAUCGACACAAUGGCAACAUAAUGCUGGACACCGAAGGCCACGUUGUUCAUAUUGACUUUGGCUUCGUUCUGGGUAUCGCACCUGGCAACACUUUCAGUCUCGAGACGGCACCGUUCAAGCUCACACCGGAGAUGGUGGAGAUCAUGGGUGGAGAAGGAUUUGAUCGCUAUCGACAGCUCGUAGGUCAAGGUUUACUUGCUCUGCAUCUGGAAGCGCAACAAUUGCUGUCACUUGUGUACCUUUCGUCCAAAGAUUCCUGCUUCCCAUGCUUCAAGGGGCGAUCUCGAGCGCGUAUUGUGCGGCGAUUGAGUCGUCGAUUGUGUAUUGGCUGGAGUGUUCAAGACGUGGAACGCACCGCUGCUCGCAUCAUCGAUAAGAGCAAUGGACACCGUGGCACCAGGCAAUAUGACUGGUUCCAGAAGAUUUCCAAUGGCAUUUUACCUUAAAAAUAAUCUGAAGGAGUGAAUGUAUAAAGCGGCAAAAGUGUAUAAAGCUAGCUAGGUUAGAUUCGAUGCUAGUGACAUCUUCUACUCAAAUAAGGUGCCAUGUUGUCACCUUGUUCAGUGGCGCUUCUUCUUCGAGUGCGAUUUUCUCUUCGAGUCGUGGCGAUGACGAUGUUUGCGCUCUUUCUCCUUCCUGUCCUUGUGCUUCUUCUUCGACGAGCUCUUCCGUUUUUUGUCUCUCUUUGAUGAGCGUUUCUCGCUGUCCGAACGUCGUCGUCGCUUAGUGCUCUCAUGCUCAGAGCCAGAGCUCGAACUGCGACUGCGUCGACGUUUCUUACGAUCCCCACGGCUACGAUUACGUUCACGACUCGAGCUGCGGCUUCUAGAAGGCGAUCUCCCUCGACGGCGGCGUCCGGCACUGCGACUUCGGCUUCUUGAGCGGAUUUUACGUCGCUCUCUCGCUUCACUCAAACUGCGACUGCGACUGCGGCUUCUGCUUCGUCCGCGCGAUGACGGACGGCGUGAAGACGGUUUGCCGUCCUUUUCAUCUUCACUUUCAUCUUCAUCCUCGUCACUUGAAGAAUCCUG